AUGGCGUCGUCACCACCCCAAUCGCAUGGUCUUUCACGUCCUAUUGCAUUUGCACUUCUGACGGGAAUUUUGUGUACUUUCUCGUCUUGGUCACGACGAUGGACGGUCUCUGGAGCGCCGUUAUUUCAAGUUCUGGUCUUGCUUGGAAGGGCUAGAGGAAAUCAGGUCUUGCCGUUGCUACAUUUCUGGCCGUUGUUUACUGCAUUCAAUCUCACUUAUGCGGUAUGCUCGACAUCAUGGCUGUUGUACUGGACAUUUACAGCUGCUUGCUAUCCAGCCAUAUUCCUCGUUUGCCUGGUGUCAUUCGAUGUCGUCAGCAAUUUCGUAAGAAGAAGCUUACGAGCUUUGUUGAAAGAGCUGCAGUUUAUCGAUGAUAGAAUUGCGUUCUUCAACAUUCCAGCGCUGGAAAUCGAUACCGAGGUGGACGGUCUGAUGGUCUUGCGCGGGAUCACAUUUCAACUUUCGACACUUUCAUUCGUGGUUCAUGGUGUUGAGGUUGGAAUCAAGCUCAGUGAUGACAUGGAGUUGGCUAUUCAAUGCGAAGAGGUCACCAUCAAGCUAUUUAGAGGUAUUGUAGUUGGAGACUGUUUUGCCAAUCUUAAAGGGGGCGAGUUUGAGAUGACAUUUGGAAAGGUCAAAGCGAAGAGUCAUGAUGCAGAUGGAGAUGCGGUUUUUAUUGAAAACACUCCGCUAUUAAGAGCUGCGACGAUGGAGGCAGAUAGGAGAUCGCUUGCAGAGUCGGAUACUUCGUCGAUAAAGUCACCAGUUGAACCGAAAUUCUUUUUCAAUGAGGAAGAGGAAGGCAAAACUGUCAAGAUGACUGAAGAAAUGACCAAUAAUCAUGCUCCAGAAGAUUCUUCGCCAAAGGAGAGCUUGUCGUUGAUCAAGAAGAUGUCACCUGAUAAUGAAGAAGCUAGUGGGAAGUAUAAGAGGACUGUCGAAUUCAUUCAACAAACGAACGCGAUUUACGAAGCUAGGCAGCAUAUUCAAGGUCUCAAUAAGGAGGCCAUCAAAAGGGACCAGAAUAGCUUUGGUCAUGACGAUUUGAAUGGCUUACGGGCUGCUGUCUGCUCUUAUGUUCAUUCGACACCGUCAGUGCCACAUCCGCCGCAGAAAUCCAUCAAAGUCACUACCCUUCAAAAUCUCAUGCCACCUUGGCUUAGACGAUUUCUUCAUCGACUUCCACUACUAUACCGCCUCCUACUUAAUCCGAUAAGUUACUUUCAUCCCGUCAAGAUUGAGUCGAUCACAGCUACAGCAUCUGGAAAAUGGAUUAGAUAUAUGCUUGUGGAGAAUGUACUCAAAGACUACUCCGGAUCCGAUGAUGAAAUCAAAGGACUGAAGAAGAAAUUCGCACAAUGGCUUAUCGACGCGAACUUCGCUGUUCAAUUAGGUAAUAUUACCGGAAUCGCUCAAGUACCAAUCAUCUCUAGCUACGACAUCGUCACUAUGCUUGGCUUCGAAGAUGUAAUGGCCUACCGCACCAUUCCCGAAACCGUCGAACUAAAACAAGUCCUUCGCCUAGGAGGCGCAGAUGCACGUUUUGUGAUCCCCUCAUUCCUCCUCCCUCACCACGAUCACCUCCUCCCACCUCUCCCAACCGCAGAAAUCAAGCAAGAACUACAAGCCAAAGUCGCCACCGCCGACGGCAAACCAAAAGAACUCCAAGCCACCCAUGAACUCGAACAAGCCCUCAAAGACGAAGCCAACGUUCAAAUCUCCGUCCACGCCCGUCUCCCCGCCUGUUUCGACCAACAACUCCUCGAUUUCAUCGCCGCGCUCGUAAAAGCCACGAAGAUCGUCGAAUUCGAUAAAGUCGCUGCGGAAGAGACCGGCGACGAAGAAGAUGACGAGGAAAGGAAACGCGGGAUCAAGGAGCUUGGGAGGGCGUUUACGGGGAGCAUGAAGAGGACUGUGAAGAAAGCUGUUGUGGGGGGCGUGGUUAAUGAUCGGUGGAUUGCGAGGUUGGUCGGGAAGGUUACGAAGACGCUUGAGAGUGCGCAGGGCGAGGCGGGGUAUACGGGGGGAAUUCCAGUGAAGUUGGAGGUUUAUAGGACGGGGGAGGUGGUGAGGGAGGGGGAUAAGAUAUUACCAUGA